CACACACACACUCACACACAUUGGAUUGGGGACAGAGCUGCGUCUUGGCAGAGGAUGUUGUUAGCUGUAUGCAGCCAUAAAAGACAAUUACCGCUAUAACCUUUUAUGAGGUGCGAAGCGCUGCGAGGCGAGAGGACAGAAAACCAAAAAAAAUACAUCGAAGGCUUCAACAGCUGAAGCCCAAAAUAAUGCAGGCGAUGCUGCUCGCCUCAGAUAUGACGAGGCCGCUCAGCCUAAAGCUCCGUCAUUAGCGCCAUGUUUAUAACCAAGAACGAAGUAUUAUGAAAUAUAAUAGCACAAGGAAUUUGGAUUUUAAACGCGACGUGACCUCAAAAAUUCUAUCCCAAAGGUUUUAGAGAAGAGCUCUAGUUUUAAAAUAUGACCUCUGCAUUUGUAAGGCUGCUUCAAGUCUCUGCAUGUUGGUGAAAAUAUUUGGCACAAGGGCACAGAAAAUACAGGCAGUGCAAAUCCAACGUGAGCUACCUGCAGAGCUGCUAAAUUUGAGAUAGGCCUACGUAACGGCUCUGUCAGCUACACCAGCUUUAGUUCUUAUUAAUUACUUCACAUACACUGAUUGUGGUAGUUAGAGGGUACGUCGGACUUCAGUUGGAGUGCUGUUGUGACGCGUUAGGGGACGCAGAUGGACCCAAACUUCAAAGACUCGGCCAGAGACAGUGCAAUAAAACGCCUGGUCUGCUAUACUGUCUGGCAUUCCAGUUGUAAUGGCUUUAUGGCCGUCCAGACACAAUUAGGCCGUUUCCAGAAUGGCACCCAUUUGUUUUUUCUUCUCUUUCUGUGGGACUGCGCCCUGGACAAAAGACCGAGCGGAAAUGAUCAGCUUUAUUGGACUUCCCCGACGGGGACGCGCAGGACUCACGGUCAUUUGGAGCGAUCCUUUGUUUCUACCUGGGAACCUUCCGCCCUCUGCUCCUUUGCUGGGCCCAUCCUAAAGGAAAAGGAGCAAUAAAGUCAGCAGCUAGCUUCAAACGCAGUGGUUGGCCUAUAUAUGAUGCUUUUUCUCAAUACAUCUGGACAUGUCUGUUAAAACGCAUCGUCGAUUUGCUCAAAAAACAACGAGGAACAUACAUUUUGAGAUUCAUUUCUUUUAGUUUCGUCUUGCACUAAAUACCAGAUUGCAGCAGAAAAAGAAAACGCAUGCGCACUGCUGUCUUCCCACCCUGCAGUUUUCACUAGUCACCAGAGGGUGGCGACACUGUUCCACAACAUAACCCUGCCAUUUUAGCACUCCUCAAUGAACCUGCACUGGGGAACAAAAUGUAGUAACAUUUUUUAAGAGUCCAGCAAAAAUAAUUUCACACCUUUUUACAGUCUCAGUGCAGAAGCUGCUUCUCCAGCCUGCGGCUCAGCAGAGAAGAAUGAAACAGUCAGCACACUGUGACUGCUGGAUUAGCCUACUGCGUUCACCCUCAGAAAGUCGCUCUGUUUAAUGUUUUUCUUAUUAGGAUGUUUUUAUAAGCUACCGCUUUAUAGACGCAACUCAUUUGUAACUUAGUUAACUUGAGUGAUGGUAGGAUUAUUAAGAUAAAAUAUAAAAUAUGAGCAGUUUCCUCAUUGCAAGUAUUACUUUAUUUUUGAAUUUCCUAAAUAGAAUAUAUAUUUCCACUAUAGGGUUUUCGAUUUAAAUUGCAAUACGCAAAACAUAAUCGGCUGCCACAAAUAUUGCAACGAGUUUAAGGUGUAUUAUUUGUAUUAUUAUUGUUUCUGUUAUUGUAGUUCUGUUUUUUUCCAGUAUAAUUCUGACGAUGUCUUUUUGAGUUUUGUAUUGUAGGCAUGCUUUAAUUAGUUCAUUAUUGGUCGUAUGGACCAUUUCAGUGACAAUGUAAUGACAGUAAAACAUCUCUGGAGGGUGGAUUGAGGAUUAUUAUAAUUUUAUACUUAAAGUAACAAUUGUUGUGACAUAUUCUCACCUCAAACAUCGUGUCAGUGUACAAAUUCAAAGCUAUCAUGUUCCAACUUAGUAGAAAAUGAACAGUUUAUACACAUCGUCGAUAGUUCGCACUUAUAGGUACAUUUUAAUCUAAAUAUUGUUAUAUUUCAUGCGUACAUUUUAUUAAACAACGCCUACGUAUUGUUUUUUAAACAAACCAACAAAAUCACAUUCUGUCGGAAUAGUUACUUUACAAUUAUGACACAAUUUUAGUCAAAUAUGUACUGUAUAUUAGUGUAGCCUAUAAAUGUGUGUAGAUUAUUUUUGUUAUUAUUAAGUAAAUUCUCUGUAUACGAAGGUGUAUGAAAUAGAAAAAUAAAGCAUUUUAUUAAAUUAGAUGGUUUAUAUAGAUGGUUAUUUAUAAUGUUAGUAGAUAUAUUAUAAAAAAACAUGACCUAAUAUAACCUAAAUUCCUUCUAGAUCACUGGGAUUGUGAGAAUUUCUCUCGUAUGUGUUUACAUGCGUGUAUGCAAUCGUGUGUGAAGCGUUAAUCCCACUCUGCAGUCCUGCGCCAUAAUGAUAUCCAUGUCUGUUUGCUGAUUGGGUGAGAGCUGCCAGGCCCGAGUCACGUGGGUGAGUUCUUUGGUCCAGAGUGAAAAUGGGGUUUGGUGUAAAUCUAGGGUGUAUUGCUGUCAUAUAUCACGCUACCUCGUAAAAACGACACUGAAGAUUCUGGGCCAACAAAUCAGAGCGAAAAAAUAUGAGUUCUUAUUAUGUGGAUGGUCUUCUUAGCAAAUAUACGGCGGGUAGUUCUCUCUUCCCAAACGUAGAACGGGCGUCUUGCAGUAUUGGACCCAGUGGAGAGGACUAUGCUUCGGCUCGGACUGCUGCGGCCAUUGCGUUCUCACCAUCUCUGUCUGGAGUGUACAGCGUCAAUAAUGCAGUGUACCAGAGCCGUCCCGUGUUUACCUCGGGAUAUGGCCAGGGGCAGGACGCACAUACACUGCACUGCAGCCUGUUCGACCAGAGCCGGCUGUUCACCGAUAGCUGCUGCCAUCCGGAGCCGGGACCCCUCACCUUGCCGCCGGACAAACAAUACCGGAUGUACCCCUGGAUGAGAGCAUCAGAUCCAAAUCGAAAGCGAGGGCGGCAGACCUACUCCCGGUACCAGACCCUGGAGCUGGAGAAGGAGUUCCACUUCAACCGUUACCUGACCCGCAGGAGGAGGAUCGAGAUAGCCCAUGCUCUCUGCCUCACGGAGAGACAGAUCAAAAUCUGGUUUCAGAAUCGCAGGAUGAAGUGGAAAAAAGACCACAAGGAGGAAUCCACGUCGACCCCCGGGGGAAAGGACGGUGAUAACCAGGCGGUUUUAGAGGCCAGAGAGCACGAAGCGGGAGACACCCGGAGCUCUGGUUUGGAGUCAGAAACAGCUGCAAAGUAACAAAAGACACGGACAGAGCAUUUAAUGAAAAACACUGUUUAGUAGGGAUUAGGGAUACAUCUCAGAUAUUUCUCACAUACAAUUCAUGCACUAAG